CUGGGCGUCGCAUCUUUCAGGGGGUUCGAUCACCGCCGACCCCGAGUUCAAACACGGCCGCUACCCGCUUGGACCACUAACUACAUCUACUAUCGGACCAUGAAUGACGACUUGAAAUCUGAGGUGCUAAUAAUCGGCGCUGGCAAUGUUGGUCUGAGUACAGCUGCCGCGCUUGCCAUAAUGCAUCCCAAAAUGUCCAUAGUCAUUGGAGAUCGCGAUCAAGCACUCAUUGAGACGUGGCAGUAUACUACAGAUGACAAGCUACCCGGACGAGCUGAUCAAUCUGCUGAGGAGAUUCUCUGGGAGCUCCAGCAAUAUGGACGAGUGCAUUUCGUCUCUUUUGCCAAAGCUGACCCAACCAAGCCACCUCCCAAGACAAAGCCAUACAUGAUACAAGCGGAGAACUUGGCGGCUGUCGUUAUUUGUAUCGAUCUACCAGCUGGUAAAGAUGGCAAGCAAGACGCUAGCAAUCUAUCAGACUUGCCGCCACUGCUGAAUGUGUUGCAGAGUCAAAUGCCUCAUCCGCUCGUCAUCCGAUCGACCAUCACACAUUCUGCGCUGCAGACGUUUGCUGCGGAGCUUACAGUCUUGGACAUCAUGACCAACAAGAUGAAACCGAUGAAUUCAGAGGACACCGUCCUCAUGCCAGAGUUCUUCCCGCAAGGGACUGACCUGGCCCACCAUAUGCACUGCGACUAUCUUAACCUCAAAACGAAGAGAGUAUUUGGGUCAGGCUCGACAUACAACAAAAAGCAAGUCAUGAAGCUCUUCCAGGGAUACCCCGAGAAUUCCAUUUCCACAACACAGCAUUCAGCCAUGCUAGGCAAGCUUGGCUUGAAUGGUUUGCUGGUGGCCAAGCUGACUAGCAACAACAUCUUGCAUGCCAUGAUUGACGACUCGCCACUAUCACUCGACAAGUCAGGCCAUGAGAGCCUGCAAACAAUCUUGUCAACAGACGAGAGGAUCGGCCAAGGAUUUCUGACUCCAGCGAUGGCUGGCUUUGGCGGCGUCUGCUUCGACAAGGAUGUCCGACUCUUGGAGUCCUGGUGUCGAGAGCAGAAUGAGCCAGUCAUGGCAGACUACUGGAAGUCUGUCCUGGCAGUCAAUGACCGAUUACUCGAACGUACUGUCGACUCGCUAAUGGUAGAGCUUGAGAAGAACACAUCAAUCGUCAAGCUGGCCUUCGCAGGUCUUGGGUAUAAGCUAGGCUCGACGGACACCAGAGGCUCGCGAAUCCUGGAACUCGUGCGCAAGUUGGCGACACUUUGUGAGGAGAAGCCAUCACUGGCACAAGUCAAGCUACUGCUGUAUGAUCCGAUCAUCAGCGGAGACAAGCUGCGCAAGGUCUUCGGUCAAAGCGUCCCUUCUUGCGUUGUGCUCUGUGGAUCGCUUGCAGAUCUUUGUGCUGCCAACCACAUCAUGAUCCAGUCAGGCCAGCGCGAGAUGGAACGGCAGCUUGAGGCUCAGGGCUGUAGCCUCUCUACAUAUUGAUAGCAUCUAGAUUUACCAGCGAGAGAGAAGUAUGCUUAAGAGAGUGUCCACUGGCAAUUUCAGGUUUUUGUUUGCUCAACAAGCUCAAAAGUCGCCCGCCCGAUCGCCAACGACCAAGACCGCCUGCUGUCCACACCCCCUUCCAUCUGCCAUCUGUAUAUCUAGGGUAUCUGCAAUUCUCAGUGGUAAGGCUAUCAGGCGCGCACUAAGUCUACAUCUACUAACAAGUCUGUACAGCAGUUGCCAAGCCGCUUGUGGUCAUCGCGCCCGCUCUGACGACACGCGGUACACGGCAAGGCGCACGCACUGCAGGCCCUUGUAUCCUUACUAAACACUCCUUCUAUCCUGCUGGAAAUCGGAGACUCACGCGCGAGUUCCCACAGCAGCAUUGAGUGGGUG